UGUAUUGUAAGGAAUUAAAAUACCCCCAAUCUUGGUAAGACUGUUGCAAGUUAUCUUUAAAUGGCAUUUGACCUUCUUGGUGACUUGUUAAUAUGUACAAUUGAGGGUAAUUUAUUCUAUAAGUAAUUAUUGUAUAUAUCUAGAUACUGAUUUUUUUUUGUCUCUCACAUUUCUUCUGUAUGAAAUGCCCAUGGCACAUUGUUUAGGGAAUGCCCCUUCUUCCCAAUCCUAAUGAAUAUUGGAGGGCAAUAAGGACUGGCUGCGUUAUCUAAACAUUCUGAGACAAAUAAUGGGUUUUAUAAAAGAGCCACCACAGCUCAGCUUGUCUCUUUACUGGGAGUUGGGGUGCUUGAUAUACAUGUUGAGUAAAAUCGAGAGGGGACAAGAGGGCUUCUGCAGUCAUAAAUAAACAUAUGCAGCAGUAGCGUUUAGUAUGUUUGUAAGACUGAAAGUAGAUUGUGAGCUCUUAUGGGCAGGGUUUCUCCCACCUUUUGUUAGAAUAUUUCUAAGCUUGUAAUGUCACCAACGUCUUGUGUACUUUUUCCUAUUUUACAACGCUGUGAAAUAUAUUGAUGUUUCAUAAAUAAAUUAAUAGUAAAUGCAUAAUAAUUUGUAGCACGUCACCAAUCUGCACUAGUCUAUGUAUAUUUUGUAAGUAGUUGGAGGGCUAUAGUGAUCACAGAAAUUUGAUGUGGCUUGUAAUAGCUUUAGUAGCGUAGAAUGAAGGUAUUUUAUUCAUUGUUAUACACGGUUUAAAGGACCACUAUAGGCACCCUGACCACUUCAGCUUAAUGAAGUGGUCUGGGUGCCAGGUCCAUCUAAGAUUAACCCUGCCUGCUGUAAUCUUGAAACUGCUAUGUUUACAAAUGGGUUAAUCCAGCCUCUAGUGGCUGUCUCAUUGACAGCCGCUAGAGGCGCUUAUGAGCUUCUCACUGUGAUUUUCACAGUGAGAAGACGCCAGCGUCCAUAGGAAAGCAUGCGCAUUCAGCCGAUGACGGCCAAAGGAGGAGGAGAGUCCCCAGCACCGAAGGAGCCCGCCGCUGGAGAAAGGUGAGUUUUUAACCCCCUUCCUCUUCACUCAGCCUGGCGGGAGUGGGACCCUGAGGGUGGGGGCACACUCAGGGCACUAUAGUGCAAGUAAAACGAGUUUGUUUUCCUGGCACUAUAGUGGUCCUUUAAUGAACUUGGCUACUGUCUUCCAAGGGCUACUAUCCAGCACUGGCCCCUUACAGCAUGCAUGUGACAGAUGGAGAGGCCAUAGCACUUAAUGUGACAUAAAGAUUAUUCAUGAUGCAUGUUAUACUACUGUAAAUAAUUAUAUUUUGGUUUUCAUACUACAAGCAUUUUGACAAUCCAUGAUUAAUUUAUCCUUUCCUGCAUGGCUCUAUAUCAUAUAUAGCCAUAAUAAAAAAAGGUCUUACAUGCACCUUUAAUGAGCUGCUACUUUUAUCCUUUUUUUAUGUAGCAUAUCAAUGUUUUGUUUUUUAAAAUUUUAGAAUAAAUGCAAAAAUGUAUGUUUUGGGUAUUUUGUAUGAUGUGAUAUUCUCAGGGCCUUAUGUGUACAUAGAUUUCCUUGUUUUGUUUUUAUUGUUACCUUUUUUCUUCCAGAACUAUUUUCUAAAUCAAGCAGAAUUGUUUAUGUAUAUUAUAAUACAUGCGAUUUGAUAUACCUUUUUGUAUCCUAUUGACGCAGAAUUUGAUGCUUCAAUAUAAAUGAUGAUAUAACACUUAAAUAUUUAUCAAAUAAUUACAUGAUUGCUGUUCUUGGAAUAUUUGUUAUCCUAUAGAAAUAUGUUUACGUGUUAUAUAAGAAACAAAAAAGUUUUCUCAAAUUGAGGUGCUAUCUAGAAUAUUAUUUUUCUAAUUUUCUCCUUGAGGUUGAAAAGCUUUUUGAAGAAAUGCAAGCAGUACCUGCUGCUGUAGUCUAUGGUCCAUUUCUUCUAACCCGCAGCGUUCUGUGAGUAGUGAAGAAAAUUCCAUGGAUUCUGGGGAUGAUGACACCAUUAAGAGACCUUAUGGUCCAUGCUUCUUCUAUAACCAGGACCAAGCUGUGACCAGUGAAGAAGAGAACUCUAUGAUUUCUAGGGACAGUGACGCAAAUGAGCGAUCUUACAGUCCAUGCUUCCCAUACAACUUACGGCAAUCUGUGACUAGUGAAAAUGACAAUACUACAGAGUCAUUCUCAGAAGAAAGCUCAAAACAUAGAGCAGGGAAGAAAACCUAUUGGUGUUCGUACAAUAACUGCAUAACAAUGGAAACCGAUAGAGUCAGUUUGCUGUUGGGAGAUUAGUACACUUCAACGUACUCCAGAGGACUGUCAUUGUGUUACAGAAAACCCUGAUUUAAAUGAAUUUUGUUUAAAUGGGGAUUACGUGAUUAGAAUCUAUCUCAUGUUUGGACUCGCUAAAGAAAAUCACACUCUUGAUGUUUAAAUGCUUCACUUCUAUUUAAUAAAAUAUAUAAAAAAAUUUAGGACUUAUAAUCUUUUCUUCUUUUUUUUUUUUUAUCACUUUCCGAAAUUUGCGGAAGUUGGCGUACAGGUCGUUUAUAGCGUGGCUUUAUACAUAUCUACGCACGAAAAAUCGGAAAGCAAUUCCCUCGCGUGCUGUGGCUAAGAUAAGAUCCAGAAGGCAACCAUGUUGGCAUAAAAAUUGCUGGGGACUACAAUGCUGAAGAAAUGGCAUUAUAUUUGUAAAUUGUUGUUGC